AUGACUGAUUAUGAAGACAAGUACCGAUAUUCUUCUCCAUUAAAUUUUCAAAGCAUAGAAGUUGCUCAGGAUUACAGUUUAUCAAACAAAAAUAUUCAGAAUAAAACAAGCUAUGAACCUAUUAAAAGUUCAAAUGAAUACAAAGCCAGUCAUGAAAAUCUUCAGGUUCAGUUGAAUGACGCUAAAUCACAAGUUGAACGUUUCAGAACAGAAUUCCUUAGGUUAAGUAAAGAACGAAUAGAUGAGCAAUGUGAACUUGGCAAAGUUGUUGAACUACUUCAUAAUCAACUUGAAACAGUUUCACUGGAAAGAGAUCAAGUAAUCACUAAAACAAAUAUGGAAUCAAAACAAACUGGUAAACAAUUUGAACAUUUAAAGAAUUGUGUUAACCAACUACUGGAAACCAAUACUGAACAAGAGAAGCUAAUGUCUGAGAUGAAUGAACGCUUGGAUGCGUCAAAUAAAGAAUUGGCAAGAUAUAAAUCAGCUUUAGAACGUAUCAACUCAACUUUUCGAAGAUUUGAUUCCACUAACGAAUUAAGCGAUAUAACUGAUUACAAACGAACUGAUUUCGCUGAAUCUUCCUACUGUCGUCUAGAUAAGAUAUUAAAAAUAUUAGAAGAGAAAGAACAUUUACAAAAUAUAGAAAUUGAAAAACUGAAAACUAAAAUUGAAGUUUUACAAAGUCAACAUGAAGCGGAGAUUUGUAGAAUUGAAGAAAAGCAUCAAUCCUCUCUCCGUAGACAAUGUGACCAACUUCAAGAAGAAUUAAAUAAAACAGUAGUACGUGCUGAAAAUGCCACCAUGGAGGCGAAAACUUUAAGCGUAGAAGUGACAAAUGCGAGAUCAAAUUAUGAGAGAGAAAUAGCGGAAAAGCGUGAAAGGAUACAGGAAUUAGAGAAAGAAUUAAUGGAUUUUAAGUCAAAACAAAAUGAUUUAGAUUUAAACUCUAGAAAAGCACUUGAAACUGUCUUGGACUCAACACAAAAAGAAUUAAUUAAAAUGAAGUGUGAAAGAGAUUCUGCAACCAGUCAACUGUCUACCUUAAAUGCAAAAUUAGAAGCAGCAGAAUCUUAUAUUACAGAUCUGGAUAAUCGUAUAAAUAAGCAAUCAACAGUUGAUCAAACAAUACGAAAUCAAUUGGAUGAAAGUAAUAAACUUAACAGACACUUACAAUCAACUAUGAAAUCAAUAGAGCUAUCAAUACAAAGAUUACAAUAUCUAAUUGUUAACGAUUUAAAUUUAUGCACAGAUUGGAAUUGUGGCAAAGUAAUUAAAGAAGACCAAAUAAAUGAAUUUAUUGAUAGUGUUAUCAAAGUAAUCAGUGAACUGCAUAUGAAAUCAUUUAUGAAUAAGGAGAAUAAAUCUCAAACAAAACGAUUACGAAGACAAGUUGAAGAGUUGAAUGAAGAAUUGGACAAGUUUAAAUCAACUUUUAAAAAUAAUCAACGUUCUCUUUCAGAGUAUAAGAAGGCUCUUGCUGCCAAGGUUAAUGAGUUCGAGAGCAUUAUAUCAGAAAGAGAUUAUUAUUUACAAAUAAUCAAUGAACAAACGGAAGAAUUAUCCACCACUAAAGCUGAAUACCUUCGUCAAAUAAAAGAGGUUACUACGGAACAAAUAAAGUCAUUAAAAACACAGUCACUUUCCCACUGUAAAUGCUCACUGUCGAAAUUAAGAAAAGGAACUAGCAAUGAAAGGUGUAUUACUUGUUGCAAAUUAGUAAAGAAACCGGCUUCAACAGGCUCUUUAUUGUCUGAUCAACGUUUGGCUGCAGUUGAAUACGAAAAGCAAGCUAGCGAGAGUGCUAUCGAAGAAAUGAAAAAGCAGUUGAAUGAAUCUAAGUCAAAGUAUGGGAAAUCUACUACUAAGCCAGAAAGUUAUGAUUAUGCAAGUGGAGACAGAAGUGAUGAAAAACUAAAUACUUUUAAAGAAAAAUUAAAUGGUUUGAAAAAAGCCAAUAUCUUACUACAAGCAACUAAAGUAGAUUUGGAUAUGGUUCAAAAUGCUAUACCAAAACAAAGGAUCAUUGAUUAUACAGAUAAUGCAAUUCACACGAAUGCCUCCAACAGUACAUCACAUUCAAGUACUAUUAAUAAACUGGAACAACGUUUAGCCCAUCUAGAGAUGAAUAUGCACAAGGCAAGUGAAGAGAAACAAAGUUUACGGAAUAAAAAUGAACAACUGACUGAUCUACUCAGAAGGAUGACAGAACAAAAUCAACGCCUUACCAAGGAACUUGAUUUUCGUGUACUCGAAUCUGCGACAUCAUUCAGGUCACAAAAUUACCCCUUUCAAAGAACAGUUGACAACUCAUAUGAAAAUAGUCGUAACACCCAGUACUAUUCACCUGAACAAGCAAAAGUGAAUAAUGAUGAGAAUAUUUGGAAUGAAGAGAAGUUCAAAGAUGAUUAUAAAAGUAUUAGAAAAUUAAAAGAGGAUGAUGAUGAUGAUCAUGGAGACAAAAGAGUUAAAAAACUAUACGAUAGUGGAGAUUCUGCAAACUCGGUGAAUCAUGGACUCGAGACAGCGUCAACAGUUCAAUCGAAUCGAAUGAUGAAAUCAUUCUACUGCACUCCUGAACAUAAUACACAAGGUUAUAAGUCCGAUACAGGUAGAACAUUUUCUCCUGUCAGUGAUAGUGCAAUAUUAUUAACUAGUAAGUCGAAUAUAUCAUCAAGUGAGCUGAACCUGAAUAAAAGCACACAAAGGCGUAAUGAUAUGGAUUACUUACAGACAAGUAAAGAAAACAAAUAUCCAAAGGAAGACAGAGAUUUCAAACUGUCCAGUAAAAUAUCAGAUAAGUUAACUUCAUCGAUAACUGUUACUACCGAUCCACGUAUAACAACAAGUAAUUACAGGCAGUUCUUAAAUUUUGACUAUCAGAACACGAAAGAUAAUCUGCUAAAGGAUGAUAUCCAAUAUACGCCUCAAAUGAAUAUGACAAAUUCUGAACUCAAAUUUACAAAUAAAGAAUCAACAAAUCAUGAUUCCAAUGGUAGUGGUGGCAGCAAUAAUAAUAGGAAUAUGAAAUGGGAAUGUCAACAGUAUGAGCAACCAUUGAAAAAAUUAUCCAAGGAUAAAACUAAUAUCUACCCAGCAAAUACAUUGAAAGAAAUAAAGAAUUCAGAAACAAAUGAUAAUCAGUUGUACAGAAUAUAA